GCGAUGCCGCGUGAGAACCACAGAUUUCGAUAUAUUGAAAACGUGAAUUAUGUUGACAGUGUUAACACGACUAUUUUAUCGACAUUUGAUAACGUUUACCAUCCAUGCAUUUGGCUUACAGUUUCUUCUGUCGAAGAAGCACAUGUUGGCGCAUAAUCACAAACUUCGUUGAAAUACGCCAAAUAGGUUAUCUCGUCCCCGGAGAGAAACAUAAUUUUUCAUUCUAUUACAGAUAGAUAUUUGGAUAAUUAAAGUAAAAAAAAAAACCGUGUAAAUACAGCACCGAUUGCAUAUACAAACCGUAACAUAUCCAAGUAUGGAUAACGAUGAGCAAGAAGCGCAAUGCGCAAAGAAGCCGAGACUCGAGGAGGCUCCCACGAGCGUGAGCGAGGGAAAGGCGCAGAUAUUGGUUACGGACGGAAAGGUGUUUUACAAUCCGGUUCAAGAGUUCAAUAGGGAUCUCAGUAUAGCUGUACUGUCGAUAUUCGCGAAGGAACGACUCGACGAGGAGCUGCGGCGGAAAAACGAUUCGGAGAAAGACGAUAAGAUCAGCAGCACGCCGCGCGAUACGGAAGGCCGGAGGACGGGAAUCACUAUAUUGGAAGCUUUAUCCGCGACCGGUUUGCGUAGCAUAAGAUACGCCAAGGAGGUCGAGGGUGUCCGGCAGAUCGUUGCGAACGACAUCUCCGAGAAGGCGGUGGACAGCAUCAGGCGGAACGUUUUGCAUAACGGAGUCGAGAAUUUGGUGACACCUCAUCACGAGGACGCGACGUUGCUGAUGUACCAGCGCAGGCACAAUCGCUUCGACGCGGUCGACCUGGAUCCGUACGGCUGCCCGUCGAGGUAUCUCGACGGCGCGGUGCAGUGCGUGUCCGACGGCGGCAUCCUCUUGGUCACCGCCACCGACAUGGCUGUUCUGGUCGGCAACGUUCCGGAGACCUGUUACUACAAGUACGGAGCGAUACCCAUCAAGUCGAAGUGUUGUCACGAGUUAGCGUUGAGGAUAUUGUUGCAGAGCAUCGCGUCCUGCGCGGGACGUUACGCGCGUUACAUAGUACCGUUGUUGUCUGUAAGCGUCGACUUUUACAUAAGAGUAUUUGUCAAGGUCUUCACGAGUCACGUUAAAUGUAAGGAGACCUCCAGUAACAUAGGAAUGUUCUAUCAAUGUCGCGGCUGCGAGAGUAUGAACGUUCAACCGUUAAUGACGAAGUCCUCCAAAACGAAGGGCUACAAGGUACCGCCUGCACCCGCGGUAGAGCAACGGUGUGAGCAGUGUCAGUACCAGCAAUUCAUGGGAGGUCCGAUAUGGCUGGGUCCUCUGCACGAUCAGGAGUUCGUGUCGCGAUUGUUGUGCAGCUUGAGCGGCAUGGAGCUGGGUACGUCGAAAAGGAUGGAAGGUGUCCUGACCAUGAUACACGAGGAACUGGACGUUCCUCUGUAUUACAAUCUGGAUCGCUUGAUGUCCAUAGUUAAGUGCUCCGUUCCGCCGAUGCUGUUGUUCAGAUCGGCGCUAUUGAACGCCGGCCACAAGGUGUCGUACUCGCACGCGUGUAAGGUCUCCAUCAAGACGGACGCGCCGAACGACAUUAUAUGGGAUAUCGUGCGCGCCUGGGAGAAGGAUCAUCCGGUGAAACGGGAGAGGCUGGAGAAGUUCAGCCCGGCUAUGCGGAUACUUACCGCAUUGUCCACGACGGAUAUCUCGUUUGCCACGCAUCCCCUCGCCAAUCCGAUUUCCCGGCAGAAACAUUUGUCCCGCUUCCAACUGAACCCCACCGUAAAUUGGGGACCCGGCGUCCGUUCGAGAACUAGGAUAGAUCUUGAAAACGAGGCGGAAGAAUCGAAACAAGAGAGAAAUCAAAAUAAAAAUAGUAAGAAGAAAUCCGACACGACGGAAUAGCAGAUGGUACAAUCAUGAACGCAAAAAAUGUCUCGCGAUUUGUAUGUUUGAUGUAUUUUAAUAUCUUGAAGAAGUUCCUGGAUUAACAUUAAAUAUACAUACAUGAAAAAUAGAAAAAUUGCAACGAACGACUUUUAUAGGAUUAAAAGAAAGGAUUUGAAAGAAAUCAGAUUCUUAAUAGAAUAAAUCAGAGAUAUUGAGUAUAUAAUACUAAUGCGAGCCGACACGGAUGUUAGGGUGUAUAAUAAUUUUUAUUACAAUUUAAUUCAUUGGAUUCCGGCUUCAAGUAAAAACUGUGUUUUAAGAUUGACAAAAAUUGUGUCGCACAGUUUGUGCGGGGCUGGAUAUUGUAAUAAUAAAAAUUAUUACACACCAACAUCCGUGUUCGAUCGCAUUGGCAUUACUUCAAUAUCUCUGUUUUAUAUUAUUUAUAUAUUGAAAAUCAGGAAGAAAUAAUUUUUUUACAGAAUCAUGUUCUUGUAUAUUUGUAUGAAACUGUAUAUUGUUAUCUAAGACUUUAAGGAACUUUCAUAUUGUUGCAAAUAAUCCGUUUUAUAAUAAAAUAUUUUUUUUAGAA